UGUCCUGAUCCAGCCCACUCAAAACAAAACAAUUGCAUUGUGAGCAACUUAUCUGACGUGAAUUCCCUAUCGGUAAUAGCUUUGGUUCAUCACUGUUGGGAUUUGGUAGCCUUUUGAAAGAAGUGACCUGAAGAAUACAGCUUGGGAUUACUGUUUGUGCUGCAAUCUCGGUAGGAUAUCUAAGGAUCCAUUCAACUCUUAUCCCAACUGUAAAUGCACAGCUGCAAGACGCAAAGUCAACCAACAUCCAAUACCCUCAUCUAAAAGAGUGGCAGCAUUUGUACGAGAACAUGGCAAAGGAAAGAUACGUGUGAAGACAAAAAGCAGAGAUUUUCCUCUCAUUUCCAACAAACUGAGGUUUCAGAUCUUGCAACACAAUGACCACCUCCAGCAUGGAAGCCACAACUAUACUUCCAAUUCUCAAGAAGAAAUUGGCCUUCUUGUCAGGAGGCAAGGACCGGCGCAGUGGCCUCAUCCUCACCAUCCCGCUCUGCACCGAGCAGACCAGCAUGGAAGAGCUGAGUGCCACUCUGGACUACCUUCUUGGCAUCCCCAGUGAGAAGUGCAAAGCACGAGGAUUCACCGUCAUCGUGGAUGGGAGGAAGUCACAGUGGAACGUGGUGAAGACCGUGGUACUGAUGCUUCAGAAUGUCAUUCCGGCAGAGGUGUCCCUGGUGUGUGUCGUGAAGCCCGAUGAAUUCUGGGACAAGAAGGUCACCCACUUCUGUUUCUGGAAGGAGAAGGACCGCCUGGGCUUUGAGGUCAUCCUGGUGUCGGCCAACAAACUGACGCGCUACAUCGAGCCGUGUCAGCUGACGGAGGAGUUUGGCGGGAGCCUGGACUACGACCAUGUGGACUGGGUCAACAAGAGACUGGUCUUUGAGAAGUUCACCAAGGAGUCCACGUCCCUUCUGGAUGAGCUGUCGGUCAUUAACGAGAACGAGAAGUCCAACCAGCCAGACAAAGACAGGCCGCCAGAUUGCAAUGCCUUGCCAUCCUUCGACCCAGAGACUGUGUUACAGACAGGCCACGAGCUGCUUUCUGAGCUGCAGCAGCGUCGCUUCAACGGCUCCGAGGGUGUUGGCGGUGGCGUCGGCGGAGGAGGUGGCGAUGGAGGAGGAGGAGGUGGUGGCAUGGGGGGUAGAGGAGGCAGCACGGCCUGGUCCCCCAUGGACGACGAGCUGCUGGCCCAGCCGCAGGUGAUGAAGCUGCUGGACUCCCUGAGGGAGGAGUACACCAAGUACCAGGAGGUGUGUCGCCAGCGCAGCAAGCGCUCGCAGCUGGACGAGAUCCAGACCAAGGUCAUGCAGGUGGUGAACUGGCUGGAGGGUCCGGGUCUGGAUCAGCUGCGUGCCCAGUGGGGGAUCGGGGACUCCAUGAGGGCAGCACAGGCCCUGCAGCAGAAGCACGAGGAGAUCGAGAGCCAACACAGCGAGUGGUUUGCGGUGUACGUGGAGCUGAACCAGCAGAUCGCGGCGCUGCUGAGCGCGGGGGAUGAGGAGGACCUGGUGGAGUUGAAGACGCUGCAGCAGCAGCUGAGCGACGUGUGCUACCGGCAGGCCAGCCAGCUGGAGUCACGCCAGAACGUGCUGCAGUCCGCACACGAGUUCCACGGCACAGCACAGGACUUGUCCCAGCAGUUGGAUGGUUUACUGGGCAUGCUCUGUGCCGACGUGGCCCCUGCUGAUGGAGCCGCCAUCCAGCAGACCCUCAAGCACUUGGAGGAGAAGCUCAAGAGCGUGGACGGGGCGCUGCAGGGGCUGAAGGAGAAGGGCCAGGUGCUGCUGGACCAGAUGACCAAUCAGGCAUCCUGGUCGUACGGGAAGGAGGUGCCCAUGGAGAACAAGGAGAACGUCGACCACAUCCACAGCGUCAUGGAGGACAUGCAGCUGCGCAAACAGAGGUGUGAAGACAUGGUGGACGUCAGGAGACUGAAGAUGCUUCAGAUGGUCCAGCUCUUCAAGUGUGAAGAGGACGCUUCACAAGCAGUGGAGUGGCUGGGUGAGCUGCUUGAUGCUCUGUUGAAGACUCACCUGAGGCUUGGAGACGACUCACAGGAGACCAAAGUGCUCCUGGAGAAACACAAGAAGUUUGUGGACGUAGCCCAGAGCACGUAUGACUACGGUCGUCAGCUGCUGCAGGCCACAGUGGUGCUGUGCCAGUCGCUACGCUGCACCACGCGCUCCUCCGGCGACACGCUGCCGCGCCUCAACCGCGUCUGGAAGCAGUUCUCCGUCACCUCCGAGGAGCGCGUACACCGCCUUGAGAUGGCCAGCUCCUUCCACAUCGCCGCGGAGAAGCUGUUGAGAGAGGUUCCUGAGCAGGCCGCUGGUGCUGCUGUUGCCGCUGCAGAGCUGCUCCUGAUGGAAGCGGAGUCUUGUGAGGAGGUGGUGGCCCUCGGCAAGUCUCUCAUGGACCGCCUCACCGUCCCAGUCAUAUUCCCUGACGGGAGCGAGCACUUCUUCGGCAGCCCGGGUGACAUGGCGUCGUCUGCGGAGAGCAUCCGGGAGAAGCUGAAGCUGGUGGAGGAGAAGAGGUGCCAGCUGGAGGAGGAGGAGCAGGAGCAGCAGCGCCAGGAGGAGCACGGCGAGGAGGAGGAGGAGGGGGAGGAGGAGGUCCUAGAAGAGGAGGAACAGGAGAUGCUGAGGGAGGUGGAGGAGGAGGAGGAAGAGGAAGAAGAGGAGGAGGAGGAGGUGUUGGAGACUGUAGAGCUGGAGACCUAAUGCUUCCACCAUCGCAACUGCUCCUGACUUAUGCCUGAAGAUGAAGCUUCAUGUUCCCCCGUAAAACACUUCCAGAAGAACCCUCUCUCUCCCUCUCUCUCCCAAACCUCCCUGGACAGCUGAACAUUGCGCUAGAGACAAGCUCUCCUUUGAGUUGCACAUUGCCCUGCAAAAACACUCCUAAAAAACAACUCUCAUCCUCCUCCUUCUCCUCCUCCUCCUCUUUCCUGGGCUUUCUUCUUCUCCCACCUCCAUGGGCACCUAAAACAACAUACCUUCCACACCUGAAGAUAAAGCUUGGCAUUGGCCCACAAAAGACUCCUGAAGAACAAGACUCCUUCUCCCUCUCCCUCUCCCUCUCCCUCUCCC